AUGCCACGACAUUCUCGCUCUAGAAGCCGGUCUCGUUCUCCACAUAAAAGAAAAAAGCAUUCACAUAGACAUGAAAGAACCCGGAGUCGGGAGCGUACUAAGGACGUUACAAGUGAAAAAUCCAAGGAUCGAAGUCGCAGUAGAGACAGACGAAGUGGUCGUGAUAAAGAUCGUCACAAAGAUGAUAGAGAACACAAACGCUCCCGGCACUCGAAAAGCGAAAUUGAAAAGGAGGAUGUACAGUCGAGGGUACAAAAUUCAAAAGAGAAUGAAGACAAAAAAACGCGAGCUAUUAGCUCAACGGACACUGCUAUUUCACAAGAAUCUAAAAUUGUCGCGAGAUCUUCAGGCACUACUUUAUCCGGAGCUUUAUCUGAAGAACCUCGAAAUAACGCAACUGGGGAAGGUGCUAAUGGAGAUUCAGACAAACAAAUACAAGCUGCAAAUCAAAAGUCAGUCGAUUCAACUACGUCUGCGACGGUGGCAGCUUUGCUUGAUCAAGAAGAAAAAAUUCGGCAAAGAAGAGAACGAGUUGAGCAAUGGCGAAGAGAAAGAGAGGCUGCGAAAAUGGCUGAAGAAGCAGCUAAAAUAAAGAUGGCUGCAGAUACUAGUCAAUCAUCACCUGUUACUGAUGAAGAAAUGCAACAAAAUCAAAACAAGGGUUGGACUUUAGAUGAUGAAGAAGAAGAUGAAGCAAUGGAAGUAGAUGGUGCUCCAGAUACUGUGGAUUUGAUGCCAAUACCAAAACCGGUAGAUAAAACAGAUCCAUCAGUAUUUCCAGUUAGAAGAAAUCCCUUGCUUGGACUUGGAAGUAAGAAAACUACUACAAGUGUUAAAGGAAAAGCUAAAGCAGGGCCUGGUGAAGAUGAGGAAAAGUCCACGAAAGUUCAAACCUCGACGGACUCUGGCAACCAAUCAAUGCAAACAAAUAACAUUGAUGAAGAAGAUCCGUUGGAUGCUUUUAUGAAAGAUGUUGAAGUCGAAGUGGAAUACUUGAAUGAGCAAGACAAAAAGCGUGCUAAACAAGCAGCAAAAGGAAGGAGUAAGCUUGAAAAACUGGAAAAUGUUCAAGAGGAAGAUUAUGCAGAAGAGGAAUUUGGAAGUGAUCCUGAAGACAUCCUAGCCUUGGCAGCUAAAAAGCUCAAGAAAAAAGACCUAGCUGCAGUAGAUCACACACAAGUCAAGUAUGAACCUUUCCGCAAAGACUUUUACAUUGAGCCUCCAGAAAUGCACGACCUAACACCUGAUCAAGUUGAUCUUAUUAGGGUUGAAUUAGGAGGUAUCAAAAUUCGGGGAGUUGAUUGCCCAAAACCAAUUCAAAAAUGGACUCACGCUGGAUUACCAGCUGCAUGUUUGCAUGUAAUAAGAAGAUUAAAUUUCGAGAAACCAACACCAAUUCAAUCGCAAGCCAUCCCUGCUAUUAUGGCCGGCCGUGAUGUUAUAGGUGUUGCCAAAACAGGAAGUGGUAAAACAAUAGCUUUUCUUCUUCCAAUGUUUCGACAUAUCAAGGAUCAACGUCCACUUGAGCAAAUGGAAGGGCCUAUAGCCAUAAUCAUGACACCCACAAGAGAAUUGGCGGUGCAAAUACAUAAAGAAUGCAAACACUUUUUAAAAGGAUUAAAUCUUCGAGCUGUAUGUGCUUAUGGAGGUUCACCAAUUAAGGAUCAAAUUGCCGAACUUAAGCGUGGUGCUGAAAUUAUUGUUUGCACUCCAGGGCGCAUGAUUGAUCUUUUGUGCGCAAAUUCGGGACGAGUCACUAACUUGAAGCGUGUUACUUAUCUGGUAUUGGAUGAAGCUGAUCGGAUGUUUGACAUGGGAUUUGAACCUCAGGUCAUGAAAAUUGUCAAUAAUGUUAGACCAGACCGCCAAACAGUGUUGUUUUCUGCAACAUUUCCCCGUCAA